AUAAUAAACAAAGUUGUUAUUAUGCAUCUGGCCCAGACCCAGGAACCCAGGUACGGGGGCUCGGUUCAUGGGAUAAAAAUAGCCACCUGCUGAAAUUGGUGAUAUAUCGAAACUAGCUCACAGGCCCUUGACCCACGGUGUUGACAUCCCGUGCUGCCCAACUCAGCACAACACGUGAAAUCUAUCGAAUGUGAGGACCAAGCGAAGUCGGCCGUGAGCUAGACUGCUCCUCCACUUGGUUUCUCACGGCCAAGACGGCGGCGACGACGACGACGAGGCCAGGUCUAUAAAGACUCCCCAUAUCCCCCGGGACAAAGCUCUCAUCUUCUCAUCCUCAUCCUCAUCCUCAUCAUCCAGCCUCAACAUCCAGCAUCACUCUCACAUCUUCAAACAGCUACCACAGCUCAACCCACAACUCCUGCACAAUGAAGUUCGUUUCACUCCUCGCUCUCCUUCCCCUGGCCGCGGCCGCCCCCUCCACGUCGGUCUCCGCGCCCGGCCUCACCGUCCCCAACGAGGCCGUUCCCCAGAAGGUCCGCGUCGUCGGUGUCUCUCUCCUCGGCUCCGGCUGCCCCGCGGGCACCGCCGAUGUCCAGAUCGACGCCAGCAAGACGCUCCUGGAAGUCACCUUCUCCGAGUACAUCGUCCAGACCGGCCCGGGCACCAAGGCCUCCGAGUGGCGCAAGAACUGCAAGCUCACGCUCAACCUCGAGUUCGACGAGGGCUUCUCCUUCUCCACCCUGGCCACCGACAUGAGCGGCUUCGCGCAGAUCCCCAAGGGCUCGCGCGGCCUCUGCACCAACACGUUCGACUUCACGGGCGACGGCGAGCAGUCGUACUACUCGAUCGCGCUGGCCGGCGAGCGGGAGGGCCCCUUCACGCUCAGCGCCGAGCCCGACAUCGUGUCGUGGUCCCCCUGCGGCGGCACCUCGGCCAUCAUGAACAUGAACACCCAGUGCAACAUCUCGCCGACCCGCGACGCGGCGCUCAUUGCGGUCGAUCGUAUCAGUGGCAAGGUCACCGUCAAUGUCUCGCUCGACUGGCGCAAGUGCUAG